UGAUGCUCGAGUCUCUCGUGGAAGGCAGUCAUUUGGCCAGUAUUUCUGGUUAUGCGCUGUUGUGUGUGUUUAUUCCAGCAAAGCCUGCGGUGUUCACCGUCCAAGAUGGCUGCGGGUGAGAGCAACAGCCGAUCCUCGUGUCUGAACUUGUCUGAUUCGGGGCCACUCGGCAAUGCACCGCCGAGCAACAGCGCCCAUUCCUCACCCGCCAGCAGCGGGGGAGCCGUGGCUGCAGCCGGGGGAAUGAACCGGAGCGCGGGGAACGCGAACCCCCGGUCGGGCCCGGAGAGCGGCGGAGGCGCCGAGUCUGCGUUGAGGAGCACGCCGAGCGUGCACAACCCUCCGCGGCAGUCGGUCUGUCCGAGCGGAGCGACUUCAGGCGCUGCGUCAAACAUGACGGCGACACCAUCAUCAUCAUCAUCAUCAUCAUCAUCGUCUACCGCGUCCUCCUCCGUCGACGCGUCCGCCGCCGUCUCCUCGCUUCCCAGCAGCCCGGCUUCAGUUUUGGUUUAUCGAGAGCCGGUCUACAACUGGCAAGCGACAAAAAGUACAGUGAAAGAAAGAUUUGCUCUCGCUGUGGGAAGUGCCGUGUUUGAUGCCAUGUUCAACGGUGGCAUGGCAACAACGUCGACCGAAAUUGAACUGCCAGAUGUGGAACCGGCUGCAUUUCUAGCCCUUCUCAAAUUUUUAUACUCCGAUGAAGUGCAAAUUGGACCAGAGACCGUUAUGACCACGCUUUACUCAGCCAAAAAGUACGCAGUACCUGCGCUCGAAGCCCACUGCGUCGAAUUCUUAAAGAAAAACCUUCGUGCUGACAAUGCGUUCAUGUUGCUUACCCAGGCACGGCUUUUUGACGAGCCCCAGCUGGCUAGUCUCUGUUUAGAAAAUAUCGACAAGAACACCGCUGAUGCGCUAGCCGCCGAGGGCUUCACGGAUGUCGACCUCGCGGGUGAGGAAUAUCUCAUGGCAGUCCUGGAGAGAGAUACGCUGGGGGUACGGGAAGUCCGUCUCUUCGGGGCUGCGGUUCGUUGGGCGGAAGCUGAGGCCCAAAGGCAACAGUUACAGCCCACGCCGGAGAACAAGCGUAGAGUGUUGGGAAAAGCGCUUUCGCUUAUUCGCUUCCCGCUCAUGACAAUUGAAGAGUUUGCAGCAGGUCCGGCUCAGUCUGGUAUACUCACAGACCGGGAGGUGGUCAGUCUGUUCCUGCAUUUUACGGUCAAUCCAAAACCACACGUGGAGUUUAUUGACCGGCCUCGCUGUUGCCUCCGGGGGAAAGAGUGCAGUAUCACACGUUUCAGUCAGGUGGAGAGCCGCUGGGGCUACAGUGGAACUAGUGACCGCAUCCGGUUUUCUGUGAACCGCAGAAUAUUUGUGGUGGGAUUUGGGCUGUAUGGGUCCAUACAUGGUCCAACUGACUAUCAGGUCAACAUCCAGAUUAUACAUACAGACAGCAAUACAGUUCUCGGUCAGAACGAUACAGGUUUUAGCUGCGAUGGAACGGCCAGUACCUUCCGAGUCAUGUUCAAGGAGCCUGUGGAAAUUCUUCCCAGUGUCAACUACAUCGCCUGCGCCACCCUCAAGGUAAAACAGACUCAAAAUUGGUGUUAUCAUUUUGUGAUUAUGGGGAUGAGUGGAUUCGUAAAGGAAGCCCCUGCUACUGGUACAAAGACCUGCUUUACAUUCUGCUAUGCUGCAGGCAAUAACAAUGGCACUUCUGUAGAGGAUGGACAAAUCCCAGAGGUCAUCUUCUACACAUAAUGACCAAGCAGAAUGGUCUCACAAUUGAGGAUUUUUGCAUUGCAUUUUGUGGCCAAUUCACCGGUCUCCGUGUAGACCGGCGACCAAAUACUGAUCUCUCAUUUCUAAUUGCUUUUGUUUUUAAGAUUUGAAGCAUGAGAAUUGAGUCCUUUCAAAGUGUACUUAGGGUACAGAUUCUGUUUCUACCCAAGUAGCACCUCGUAAUACCACCUUGAUGUUAUGAGUAGCCAAUGUCUUUGCUAAUUAAUGAACAAAUAGGUGAACUUGUCAUUGCAAUGAUCUACUACAGGUACAGUUCAACUCUAGAGGGUAACUCUUCCAUUUGUACAUUUAUUUGAAUGUUGACAAUUGGUGUUUCUUUUGGUCCCACCUUUGACCCUUGAUUGUUCAAUGCUCAUCAGUCUUUCAAAUCGCACUGAUGCACUUAAGCCCCCAGGUGCAACAGCAAGUUUGGGGAAAGUACACUACAUCCUGAUUAAGAUGUCAAUUCAUUGUAAAAUGGACUUAUUUACCCAUUUUGAGUGGCCUGCGCCCCUUGCUAGAGGUGAAACUCCAUUUCUUCGACGGCAAUGUGAACAGUAGAUGUUUAUAAAGUGUUGUUUUACCAUAGUUGCCCUUCUUGUAGUGAUAAACCACAAGAGCACUUAUAUUCACAAUGCCACGAUGUAUAAAAACUCUAAAGUAUUGACUGCUGUGAAAUAUUGAAUACAUUCUGCUACCGAUUCUGAAUAUUCAUUUAUUGAGAUGUUGAUAUAAGGAAGAUGAACAGGAAACAGCUUCAUGAAUGUACCAAUGCUUACCUUGUAAGCACUUUAAAUAUAAUGUCCUUGUCUUGUUUCUGUAUGUUCAAUUAAAGUCUGCACCCCAA